AUGAACUGGUCUGUGGGAGUCCUGCAGGCCGGCCGGAGAGUGGAGGCUGCGAGAGUGAAUUUCCUGUGCCCGAGGGGGGCGCUGUGUCCCCGCCAGCCGGCAGGCAUCUGCCUUCCGGUCGCCUGGCCCGUCACCCUCGUGUCCAGGAUGGCGACCAUCAAGUGUGAGCUUAUCAAGAAUUUCACCUCCGAGGAGGCCGUUCAUCACAACAAAGUCUCCAUUAUAGGAACCGGAUCGGUUGGCAUGGCCUGUGCUAUCAGCAUCCUGUUAAAGGGCUUGACCGAUGAACUUGCCCUUGUGGAUGUUGAUGAAGACAAACUGAAGGGUGAGACCAUGGAUCUGCAACAUGGCAGUCCGUUCGUGAAAAUGCCGACUAUUGCCUCCAGCAAAGAUUACCUUGUCACUGCAAACUCCAACCUUGUGGUCAUCACAGCAGGUGCACGCCAGGAAAAAGGAGAAACACGGCUUAAUUUAGUCCAGCGCAACGUGGCCAUCUUUAAGUUAAUGAUUUCCAAUAUUAUCCAGUAUAGCCCUCGCUGCAAACUGAUUGUUGUUUCCAAUCCAGUAGAUAUACUAACUUACGUGGCCUGGAAAUUGAGUGGAUUUCCCCAAAACCGUGUUAUUGGAAGUGGUUGUAAUCUGGACACUGCCCGUUUCCGUUUCUUGAUUGGGCAAAAGCUUGGUAUUCACUCUGAAAGCUGUCAUGGGUGGGUCCUUGGAGAGCAUGGAGAUUCCAGUGUCCCUGUGUGGAGUGGAGUGAACAUCGCUGGUGUCCCUCUGAAGGAUUUGAGUUCAGAUAUAGGAACUGAUAAAGAUCCCGAGAAGUGGAAAAAUGUCCACAAAGAUGUAAUUGCCAGUGCCUAUGAGAUUAUUAAAAUGAAAGGUUAUACUAAUUGGGCCAUUGGCUUAUCUGUAGCUGAUUUAACGGAAAGCAUUUUGAGGAAUCUUAGAAGAGUGCAUCCAGUUUCCACCAUAAUUAAGGGUCUGUAUGGGAUAAACAAAGAAGUAUUCCUCAGUGUUCCAUGUGUCUUGGGAGAGAGUGGUAUCGCAGACCUUGUAAAGGUGACGCUGACCCCUGAAGAACAGGCCCGUCUGAAGAAGAGUGCGGAAACACUGUGGGAAAUUCAGAAGGAGCUUGAGCUUUAA